AUGGACUGGCUUGACAACAAUGUAUCAAAACGUUUGGAGAACAUUUUUGAUGAACUACUCGGCGAAAAUUUCCUUAAUGAAUGUUGUCCUGGUGAAAUGGUGGGGAGCACAUCAGAAAUCAUGGAACCCGGUCAAAAUAUUGAUUUACCCAAUGCAGACAUAAAAGUAGAAGAUGUUCCACUAUCCAUGCUAAACACAGACAUAGACCCAAUUACAGAUGCAAAUACAGUUAAGAUUCCAACUGGAGAAAUGCACUUUUUGGUGCCUAAUGUGGUUGUUAAAUCUAAAGUUGAAGAACAUUCUGAAGACGAAAGUAACUCUUUGGAAAGUUUUAUUAUCAUAGAAGAAGCUGUUGAAGAAGUAACUACAACUUAUGACGAACAAAUUCUUGAAAUUUGCCAUGAAGAUGAUGCCAUGGACUGUCUCGACCAGUAUGAAGAUAUCGGUUAUGAAUCACUUAGCUCUCCGGAAUAUGAUUAUAAAACAAGUAUAAGUACACCACUAAUAUUAACAGAUUUACUUUCAUAA